AUGUUCUCGUGGCUUGGUGGAGAUUCAUCGAAAAAGAAGCAACAGCAGGAGUUGGAAUCAGUGAACGAAGGUUUGCGUAAAAUAUACAAGCAGAAAUUGUUGCCUCUUGAAGAAUAUUACAAAUUCCACGAUUUUCAUUCUCCAGCCCUGUCUGAUCCUGAUUUCGAUGCGAAGCCAAUGAUACUAUUGGUUGGGCAGUAUUCUACAGGUAAAACAACCUUUAUUCGUUAUCUUUUGGAAGAGGAUUUUCCUGGAAUUCGAAUUGGGCCGGAACCAACCACUGAUCGUUUCAUUGCUGUAAUGUAUGGUGACGAAGCUGGUUCAAUACCUGGAAACGCUCUACUGGUAGAUGCCAAAAAGCAGUUUAGAGCAUUAAGCAAAUUCGGUAACGCUUUUCUGAACAGAUUUCAGUGUUCAACUCUUAACAAUGAAGUUUUAAAAAGUGUAACAAUCGUUGAUACACCUGGAAUAUUAAGUGGUGAAAAACAAAGAACAGAUCGCGGAUAUGACUUCACCGGUGUUUUGGAGUGGUUUGCAGAACGUGUGGAUCGUAUUAUUUUACUCUUUGAUGCUCAUAAAUUGGAUAUUUCUGAUGAAUUCAAACGGUGUAUUGAGGCUCUUUCAGGAAACGAAGAUAAAAUAAGAAUCGUUCUAAAUAAGUCGGAUAUGGUUGAUCAUCAACAGUUGAUGCGUGUUUAUGGCGCCUUGAUGUGGUCUCUCGGAAAGGUUUUCAAAACACCCGAAGUGUCCAGAGUUUAUAUUGGUUCAUUUUGGGAUCGUCCACUACAUUUCGACAUAAAUAGGAGAUUAUUUCAAGAUGAACAACAUGAUUUAUUUGCUGAUCUUCAAGCGCUUCCAAAAAAUGCAGCACUGAGGAAGCUUAAUGAUCUUAUUAAAAGAGCGAGACUUGCUAAAGUACAUGCAUUUAUAAUAGCGGAAUUGCGAAAACAAAUGCCUUCAAUGAUCGGAAGGGAAAAAAAGAAGAAAGAGCUAAUUCAGAAUCUCGAUAAAAUCUUUGAACAAUUGCAGCGUGAGCACAAUAUAUCAGCAGGAGAUUUCCCUGAUGUUAACAAAAUGCGUGAGAAUUUGAAAAUUCAUGAUUUCACUAAAUUCAAUGCACUGAAACCGAAAUUGCUGGAAGUGGUUGAUGGGAUGCUUGCUUCUGACAUAACUCGUCUGAUGGCACAGAUUCCGAAAGAGGAAGCUGCUGCUAUUAAUGGUGAUGCUUCUUCAGUGAUAAUUCAGGUGCGUGGUGGAGCAUUUGAUCAAGCUGUGGAAUUGGAAACUCCUUUCGGAUUCGGAAAGGGUGAAGGCUUUGAUAAAGGAUCAAAUGAAAGCGAAUGGGUUGUAUCAACUGAAAGAUAUAAAUCGGAUGAAAUGUUUGACAGUUUAGAACCAGUUAACGGUAAAAUCACAGGUCGAGUUGCGAAGGAACAUAUGGUUAAAUCAAAAUUACCUAAUGCAGUAUUAGGGAAAAUUUGGAGACUCUCGGAUGUUGACAGGGAUGGUAUGCUUGAUGCUGAUGAGUUUGCACUUGUCAAUUAUCUUAUCAAUCUAAAGUUGGAAGGGCAUGAAUUGCCGAACGAACUACCUAAGCAUUUAAUCCCUCCGUCAAAGAGAGACGAAGAUCCUAUUUAUCCGACGUUGGAGUAG